UUUUUUUUUUUCCUCCCUUCGUUCACGGAAGAGUCACCAUACAGGAGCUCAGGCAGCAGCAGCAGCUCCAUCUCCGGAGGCCGAAGGAGGGAAGGUGACCCGGGGAUACGCAGGCGCAGGCGGGCGCGAGGACGGCCGGGUUUGGGUGCAGCUGCGGCGGCUCAGGCUGCGGCGGGGACGCGGACACGGACAUGGGCGCGCGGUUGUCCUGAGAGACGAAGAGAACGGAACCUGCGGACCUGAGAGAGGACACACGGGGUACGGAUAUGGCCCACGUAGGCAACGGAGCCACGGCGGAGGAGGAGGACUGCUUCGAAGAUGCCUUCGACCGGAUACCUGCGGCGUGUCAGAUGGACCUCCACACUGCCAUCCAGGAGACUCAGUGUGCUCUGAAUCUGGUCCUCAACAACAAGUUCUCUGAAGCGCUGGACCUCCUCAAACCAUGGUGGAGGGACAGUAUGUACCAUGCCUUGGGUUACAGCAGCAUCUUGGUGAUGCAGGCGACCAUGACCUUCGAGCAAAGAGACAUCCAGACUGCCAUGGCAACCAUCAAGGAGGCGUUACACACCUGUCAGAGGUUCAGGAAGAGAAACUCGAUGGUUGGAUCUCUGUCCAGUCUGAUCAGCAAACAGUCCAACCUGCAGGAAGAGGAGAUGCAUGCAGAGAUCUGCUACGCCGAGUGCCUCCUGCAGAAAGCCACGCUCACCUUCGUCCAGGAUGAGAACAUGAUCAGUUUCAUCAAAGGAGGCAUCAAGAUUCGAACCAGCUACCAAAUCUAUAAGGACUGUCAGAAUGUGAUGAAUGUCACUCAGGACCUCGCAGGCCAAUCGGAUUCAUUCAGACAGUUUGAGGGCGGGGUCAAGCUGGGCAUUGGAUCCUUUAACUUGAUGUUGUCUCUGCUGCCUCAGAGGAUUCUGCGGUUGUUGGAGUUUAUCGGAUUCUCAGGAAACAGAGAGUUUGGACUGUCUCAGCUCAGAGAAGGCGCCUCCAGUCACAGCCUGCGGUCCAUCCUCUGCGCCCUCACGCUGCUCUUCUACAACACAUAUGUGUCGCUCAUACUCGGAACCGGUGAAGGGAACCUGGUGGAGGCUGAAGCUCUGCUGGAGCCGUACCAACACAAGUACCCCAAAGGUUCCAUUAUUCUGUUCUACUCGGCUCGAAUCGCGACACUGCGAGGAAACUUUGAAAAGGCCCGGGCCCGGUACGAGGAGUGCAUCGGCAGUCAGCAGGAGUGGAAGCAGAUCCACCAUCUGUGUUACUGGGAGCUGAUGUGGACCCACUCGUACCAGCAGGAGUGGACUGAGGCGUACCGCUACGCAGACCUGCUGUGCAAAGAGAGCCGCUGGUCCAAGGCCAUCUACGUUUACCAGAAGGCAGCCAUCCUCAGUAUGAUGACUGAGGAGGAAGUGAAGAAGACCGGAGAGGACGUCGUAGAACUGUUCAGGCAGGUGGAGGGUCUGAAGCAGCGUCUGGCAGGGAAAUCCAUCCCAACGGAGAAAUUUGCAGUGAGGAAGUCGAGACGAUACAAAGCUGCGAACCCCGUCCUCCUGGUCGUCCCUGCGCUGGAGAUGAUGUACGUUUGGAACGGGUUCACCAUCGUCGGGAAAAGAGCCGACUCUACUGAAGCCCUGCUGGUUACCAUAGAAACGGCAGAGGAGCAGCUCCGCAAUGACCCCAACCCGUCAGAGUUCCACCCAGACGACAGCUGUCUGGUCCAGAUGUUGAAGGGCCUCUGUCUGAAACACCUGGGCAGGUUACUACAGGCCGAGCUCUGCUUCACACAGGUCCUAUCCAGUGAGAGGAGAAUCCGGUACGACCACUACCUGAUUCCCUUCACUCUCUAUGAGUUGGGUCUGCUCUAUAAACAGCAGGGAGAUUUCACCAAGGCGGCGACGUACAUCGAAAAUGCCAAGACCAACUACAAGGACUAUUCCAUGGAGUCCAGGCUGCACUUCAGGAUCCAUGCAGCUCUCAGCAGCCUCAAAGGAUCCCCCGUUAGCACCCCAUAAUACUCCAAACAACCACACCUGCAGCUGGAAACAACAGGACAUGUCUGAAAAACCAGAAUUCUGCUGGAUUAUUAAUGAAGAAGCUUAGGUUUGUUGUUGUUUUUAAUUCACCUGGACUCUUAUUCCUUAUUGCUAUUAUACGACAUCAUAUGUGUUUCUUGUAUUUAUUUGUGUUGCUGAGAUUAUUUGAAGCUUCUUUCCAAACAGGCCUGGGCUUCCACUUCACAUUCAUCUGAAAUCCAGAUUUUACAGCUGGAUGCAGAGUUUCAGUCGAUGCCAAAUAUUAGCCUCAUAGAUAAUAGCUAUUAACUUUAUGUGCAAACCAAAAUUAACAGGAAUUAUGGCAAAGGAAAGACAGAAUAUUUCUUCAAAGUAUGCAAAAAGAGACAGAAAGAUGUGAAUAUGUAGGAACAUUCUUUUGGAUUUUAUGUAGAAACAGUGUAAUUGAACACAAGGCUGAACAUGUUUCAUGGUCAGACUGGAGGUUUGUUCAGUCAGAGACAACGAGAGUUAAUGAAAUCAACUGGAACUGUUCAGUAGAUCCUGAAAUCACCCAAAACAAGUCAACAUUUGGGAUUUUCUGGUUUCCUUCCCCUUGAAGUCAAUGGGGUCGAAGGGUUUUGGGUUCGCUCAACGUUAGGACUUUUUUGUUUUUUUCUGCACAUCAUAAAAUAUGCAAUUAAAUACCUCACUUAUUGAUUUUGAGGCUUUUUUGUAUCUUUUAAAGGCAUUUGUUAACAGGUUGUCGAGGGCAUUAAACAUCAACUUCUACUCACUCGUCUGUUUUUAUAGUUUUGCUAUAUUGAGCUCUUAUAAGCAUUGGUGCCAUCUUAGCAGUUUUGUUGCUAGGUUUAGCCUCAUGAACGGUUUUUGCGCAGAUUUCAACCAUAGACUGUAAAUGGACAGAGCUCAGUGUAGUAUUUUAAAUUCGUUUAGAAACCAGAAGUUUUGUUUUGUUUUGUUUUUAAGUAGAAAUGAAGAAACUACUGACUGUUAAUUUUUUGCAAAAACACAAUUUCAACCCUGUAAAUAUCUGCACAUCAUAAACAUGCUAAUUAUUAUGUGACAUUAUCUAGUGACUCUUGGAGCGUGCUUUAGCUUCUAUAAAAAUAGUUGGCAAGACUGUACUCACUAUUCGCAGCUGGAUCAGAGUUUGGUUUUUGUUUUGUUUUACUGACAUACUUUUCAGUUCCUGGUUUACUCUGUAUGUGUUUCAAAAAUACAGCUACCUCCUUCCACCAAAACUGAGUGUAAAUUUCUGGUACUGAAAGUAAAUAUUAUCAUUGUAUUUACUAUAUAUAAAAGGUGAAGAUAGAAAAGAAAACACAUCUUUCUUUUUUUAGUAUAGAAUUCCUAUCGUAUGGUGCUAAUGACAUGGAGGAUUAGCCACUUUUUUGUUAUUAACCACUUGGCAUGAAAUAGGAAAUGCUUUUUGGGGCUCUGGGAACAAAUGUUUUCUCACAAGAAGGUUUUCAUAAUAACUUGAAUAUAAAUUCUCCUCUGUCUCGCUGACUAAU